AUGUCGGAGUCCGCAUCGCCAGUGCCGGCCCCGUCGGCAGCAGCGGGGAGCGCCCUCUCUGCAGGGAACGGUGGCUCUCCUUCCGUCAUCACGUCAGCGAUUGGCACGCCCUCGCUCUCCACCGCCGCCAGCAACAACCACGGCAGCGGCGUGGCUUCACCCCCUCCGUCCUCGGGCCAUCGCCACCCGUACUCGGCCGCCUCGCUGAGCGCGCUAGAAGUGUACAAGAAGAGAGACCCCUCCAAGAUUGUGAUUCGCUUCAAGGCAAUCGGGAGCGCCCCCCAGAUGAAGAACAACUACUUCCGCAUCACGUCUUUCAAUCGCUUCCAGGCCGUCAUCCAAUUCCUUAGAAAGGAGCUGGGGAUGAAGCAGAGCGAUGCGCUCUUCACCUACAUCAAUUCGUCGUUUAGCCCAGCGCCAGACGAUAGCGUUGGAAACCUCUUUCGAUGCUUCGGGACCGAGGGUCAUCUCAUCGUCAAUUACUCUCUCCAAGCUGCUUGGGGCUGA